AUGAUAUGCCUCACCUCAACCACUCACGGGUUAUGGUAUCUCUUCAUGCAUUACUCUCAUCCACGUGUUACUCAUGCGUACGAACCUUAUCACGGUAGCGCAUUCAGCCACGGACUUUGUAGGCAUGGAACUAUGAUCAGUAUUCCUCGAGUUAACUUGAAGGUCUCCCAGGAGGAUGGAAUGGUAUUUGGAUUACGCACUUUAGAACUGUCGCAUGAAAUGAGGGGAAUACCGGUCUGA